AGACGUAUUUACCAUACCAGGUUUGUAAACCAGGGCUUUGCUUCGAAGGACGGCGCCCUGGUACGGGAAGGAAAUACUUGCAAGUAUGAAAGUAUUUGCUGUGCUAUCGGGCGAGAAAAUACUUGCAUAGGAAAUCGAUCCAUCUUAUUAUACAAAUAAGAAGCAGAAUCGUAUUUGCAACAAAAAAUACGUGAAACUUGCAAGUAUUUUUUUCACUGAGACCAUUAUGGUCUUUAUUCUUAAAGUGACACGAGUCAAUUUCCUAUGCAAGUAUUUUAGUAUUUUGGCGGCGCCGAUAAAGCCGCGAGAAAUACUUGCAAAAACUAAAGUAUUUGCUGUGCUAUCGGGCACAGGGCUAAAAAAUACUUGCAUAGGAAAUCGAUCCAUCUUAUUAUAUAAAUAAGAAGCAGAAUCGUAUUUGCAACAAAAAAUACGUGAAACUUGCAAGUAUUUUUUUCACUGAGACGAUUAUGGUCUUUAUUCUUAAAGUAACACGAGUCAAUUUCCUAUGCAAGUAUUUUAGUAUUUUGCCGUGAGCCCUUCGUUUACAAAUAACCGUCAUAUACUGAUCAAAAUAAGGAACAUAAUUGUAUUAACAUUCAAUAAUCGUAACUUUACUCUUUCUUUUGACUAGUUCACGCUAUUCAUUCUUAUGUCUAUACACAAAAGACACAUAAUUGCGUGUACAAAAGUAUUGUUUUAAAAAAUAUACUUAUGUGCCACUUAAAGUUUGUUUAUUUCAAGUAAUAGUUUAGUUUCCGUUUUUUUAUUUUUUGUCAGUUGUGAUUUGAGUGCGAGCUUGUUACGUCAACGACUAACCGUGACCUAAAUUACAAGCAAUUUUUCGGGAGUUUAUUGAUUUUAAAGUCAAUUUUCGAUUUAUUAUAUAAUAUAAAUUAGUGAGUGUAUAAAUGUAUAAAACUGUUAUUUUUUUAAUACUGUGUUUAGUUUAGUUUCGCGAGUUUAAAGGACCGACAAUUUUUGAACUCGAAAUAGGUAAUAGAGUGUAAAUAAAACUGUGAUUUCGUCAUUAGAUAAUAGUUAAGUUACAAAUAUUUUUUCCGAAGUUUAUUGAAUUUAAAGACAAUUUUCGAACUAUUAAUAGUGAGUGUAUAGAUGUAUAAAACUGUUAUUUUUUUAAUUCUGUGUUUAGUUUAGUUUCGCGAGUUUAAUGGACAGACGAUUUUUGAACUCUAAAUAGGUAAUAGAGUGUAAAUAAAACUGUGUUUUCGUUAUUAGAUAAUAGUUAAAAUACAUAGUUAGAUAGGUAGAAACUUGUGCUAAAUAAUAAUAUAGUCACAAACCAUGGCUCCAAAGAAAAGUUUGGCUUGGGAUCAUUUUGUGGACAAAGGUGAAAAUAAAGCUGAAUGCAAAAUGUGCAAAGUCAUUAUCUCAUACAAAUCAGGAGUGUCAAACCUUACCAAGCAUGUACAAAGAAAACAUAUUUCCGUUAACUUAGUGAGAAGGGAACAACAAGUGGAUCGUCAAGAAGAACAAGAGGUACAGGCGCAUACUUCACAAACUGCACAAAUUACGGCAGUCAAUACUGCUAUACAAACUAUCGCAUCUAAUACGAUAAGGUCCAAUCCGAACCCAUCCAGUAUUACAGCAUUCCUUCGGCGCGAUUGUCAAAAAAUAAAAAAACAAAUUGAUGAUCAUUUAAUGAAUUUGUUCAUAUGGGACUUACAGCCUUUUUCAAUAGUAGAAGACAAAGGAUUUCGCGAAUUAAUAAAUUUUGCUUUCCCAAAUUAUACAAUACCAUCACGAAAGUAUUUCGCCAAUAAUUUAUUGCCGGGGCUAUAUGAAGAAAUAAAGAUAAAUACAAAAACAGCUUUAAAUGAAGAUGCAAAAAGUGUAUGUUUAACGACCGAUAUGUGGACGUCACGAAAUAAUGAUUCUUACCUAGCCGUUACGGGUCAUUACGUAGAUAAAAAUUUUAUCCUUCAGUCGGUUUUACUGGAAUGUAAAGUAUUUGAGAGCAGUCACACGGCACUUCAUAUAGCACAAGAAUUAAGAAAUGUGGCUCAAGAUUGGAACAUUUUAGAUAAGGUCCUCCUUGUAGUGUCGGACAACGGGGCUAAUAUAAAAAAUGCCAUACUUCAAUUAGAAUGGAGACAUUUUGGCUGUUAUGCACACACACUUAACCUAGCAGUACAAAAAGUGUUAUCCCACUCAAACGUAAAUAGCAUAAUAGGCAAAGUAAAAGCCAUAGUAUCCUACUUCAAAAGAAGUAAUUUAGCCUGGAAUAAAUUAAAAAAGUACCAGGAGCAGGCCAAUAAAGUAGUGAAGAGGCCAAUUCAAGAUGUCGCUACAAGGUGGAACUCCACAUUUUACAUGAUAGAGAGGUUUGUCGAACUGAAAGACGAAAUCAAAUGUGCUUUGAGUAAUUUAGACACUGGCAAUUUGAUUAAUCUUACUACAUAUGAAUGGGACAUUUGCCAGUCUUUGGUAGUAGUGUUACAACCAUGUGAAGAAGUGACAAGAGAGAUGAGCGGACAGAAGUAUGUUAGUGGAAGCUCGGUUAUCCCCUUAACGAUUGGUCUUACCAACGCUCUCAAAGAAAUCGCAAGUCAGACAUAUCGGCAAGAAAAUAAUAUUGACAUUUUUCCUGAUGAAGUGGAAAUGUGUCGACAGGAUCUGCUUUCAGAAAUAGGCACGCGGUUUUCUAAUUUGGAACAAAGCCGAACUUAUACCGUCGCUAUGUUUUUAGACCCGAGAUACAAGUUAUACUUUGAGAACGAAAAUGUUGCAGACAGCACUAAAAAGUAUAUUGUGGGCUUAGUAACCGCGAUGAUAAAUGAAAAUGAAAAAAAUCAGUCUUCAGCAUCCACUUCUAAUAUAUCAGAUAGCCAGGGGAAAAAAUCUAACAGCCUAUUAUGGAAACACUAUAAUAAACAAAUGCACAAUGUGCGGCCAGCUGGCACAGCCAAUAGCAGAGCCAUAAUUGAGACGCAAAAAUAUUUAGAUGACACAGUUUUGUCUCCAGACACAAAUCCUUUGGAAUGGUGGCGAAUAAAUCAGCAAAUAUAUCCAAAUUUAGCCAAACUAGCCAAAAUUAAAUUAAAUGCAAUGGCUUCUAGCGUGCCUUGCGAACGUCUAUUUUCAGUAGCAGGGAACAUAUUGACGGAAAGGAGAUCCCGACUCGGGAGUCGAAAAUUAGAGCAAUUGUUGUUUCUCCAACAAAAUAAAAAAUGAUGAUUGAGAAUUCUAUAUAUAUAUAUAUAUAUAAUAAAAAAAAGUUGUACAUAUAUAAAAUGAAAUGAAAUCUUUUAACUACGCCUGCUAAUACUAUAUUUCACAACUAGCUGAUAAAUGACCGUAACACUAUUAGUAGCAGACAGUCCUAAGCCUGUGAUUAACAAAACAAAGUAGGAAGGAAAGAUUUCAUUUAUAAAAAGCCGUGCAAGAUUGUGGUACACACACUGUACGAUACGAUUGCCACCAAAUACUUUCAAGUAUUUUUAUACCUGGUUUUCGUACCUGGUAUUUUUACAUACUCGUACUUGGAAGCCCUGGUAUUGAAUUUUGCAAGUAUGUCUCAUCCCUAAAACGAACACAUAA